AUGGAGGAUGCUGGGCCACCCCAGGCCAGGAGGUGCUGCCCAGAGUGUCUGGGAAAGCUCUUCCCUGGCCUCUGCUUCCUCUGCUCCCUGGUGACCUACGCCCUGGUGGGAGCUGCACUCUUUUCUGCCAUCGAGGGCGGCCAGGUCCUCGGGAGAUCCACAGAUGACCAGGGGUUUGAGAUGUUCUUGGAGAAGCUCUGCAGCAUCUUGGAAUGCAACAAAACAGUUAUGGAACACAGCAAGCAGGCCCUCCGGGAGCACCUGCAGAGGGUGAAGCCCCAGUGGUUCGCAGACUGGUCCUUCCUGAGCGCGCUCUUUUUCUGCUGCACAGUGUUCAGCACCGUGGGUUACGGCCACAUCUACCCUGUGACCCGGCUCGGCAAGUACCUGUGCAUGCUCUAUGCUCUCUUCGGCAUCCCCCUGAUGUUCCUGGUUCUCACGGACACCGGUGACUUCCUGGCCACCAUCUUAUCCACGUCGUACGAUCGGUUCCGAAAACUCCCUUUCCUCACCCGCCAUCUCAACAAGUGGUGCUCCCAGCCGCUCUGCAGGGGACAGCCUGCCUCCAGGCCUGCGGAGGAGGUCAUCCCUCAGAUCGUCAUCAGUGCCGAGGAGCUCCCGGGCCCUGCACCUGGCAAGCGCCCUUCAGGCCCCAACUGCAACACGGAGCUGUUUGAGAGACUGCUCGCACGGGAGAAACAGAGCUCCCUGCAGCUGCCCGCCCAGGCCAUGGAGAGGAGCAGCUCGUGUCCUGAGCUGGUGUCGGGGAGGCUGUCGGACUCCAUCAUCAGCAACCUGGAGGAGGUGGGCCGGCAGGUGGAGCGGCUGGACGUGCCCCUCCCCGUCAUCGUCCUCGUCGUUUUUGCCUACAUCUCCUGCGCGGCUGCCAUCCUCCCCAUCUGGGAAACGGAGCUGGGUUUUGAGGAUGCCUUCUACUUCUGCUUCGUCACACUGACCACCAUCGGCUUUGGGGACACCGUCUUAGAGCACCCGAACUUCUUCCUGUUCUUCUCGAUUUAUAUCAUCAUCGGGAUGGAGAUUACGUACAUCGCUCUGAAGCUGAUGCAAAACAGGCUGAUUGACAUCUACAAGAAGCUCAUGCUCUUCUUUGCCAAUGGGAAAUUUUACCAUCUCGUGAAAAAGUGA